ACUUGCAAGCCUGAUAAGGCUUACAGUUGUGAGAGCUGGAACAUGGUAUAACCCGGUCACUACAGGCUCAUAACAGUCUUUUUGUGUUGUUUAACUAAUCCAGGCUUUCAGUACCCUCACUGCAAUUUUAAGCCUUACCUGGCAUCCUGCUGAUGUCUGCACCUCAUGUUCUCAGUUGUGCAACAAUUCUAUUAGAAAUACACUGGCCCUUUGUACUUACAUUGUGUUCUGCCAUAUGUUCCUUUCAAAUUUUAAUUAGCAAUUUUGCUGCAUUCUUGGGUAGUAGUUCUGAUUUUCUGACAGUUUCUCCCUCAGGAAUCUAUACUAUUUUUAAGAAAUCAGCCUCUGCAUUGCUAGGAUCAAGUUUGAGAACCUAGGAGAGAGGAGUGCACAGCAUCACAGAGACAUGUUAAAUACUUCGUAGAAUUCUGAAGACGGAUGGAAAAUAUGUAUUGCUUAUCAAAAGAAGGGAAAAUGAAGGGAAGACAUUUUCUUCUUUCUUACUCUUGUAUGGUUAGUAUAUGUCAGGCUAACAGGUAUAAAAGGGUUGCACUUAGUGAGAAUUGAACCUAGCUAGUUAUGAAGGCAUGCAGACAGGUUAUAUUCUAAAGGUGUGAUAUUAUUUCAUAGGUGAAUCAGAGAGCAGUUCUAGCAUUAAAAUUUUACACCAAGUUGAACAUUUUGCAUGUAGACACUAGCUCAAAUACAUUGGAGUUUUAAACAGACACAGAAGGAUUUACACUUCAAGUGUAAAGGUGCACGGCCCUCAAACAGGAGGUCCAAACACUGCAUCCUAAAGGUCAAAAAGGUUCCAGUGAAGAUGUUUUUCCAUAUGCUUUUCCUAUUGCACAGAAAAUUACUAAUCUUGUUGUUUUGUGCCACCUCCUUCUGGUCUUAAAACCCUGCAGUGAAAGCAAGCCAGUAAGCUUUUGCUAACCACAGUAUUUAAAUGCAAUUUUUAUCAACAAAUGUGUCACUUAAAAUCACUUUCACCAAUAAAGUCAUUGUACUCAGAACACUUAUACCAUUUUAUAUGCCAUCUUCUAAGACUUAUCCUUUGCCCCCCUCCAAAAAAAAAAAAAAUUGACAGAUGUUCUCUAGAAUGUGUUGUUUUUGGAACAUUUGGGGGAAUUUAACAAAUCUGACAAAUAAACACAAGAAGUUAUGAUAUCUGCACUUUUUCUUACCUGCACUGUAACAAGCAAGUGAAAAGAGGUGAUCUUAACUGUAAAUCCUAACAGUUGUGAUUGAGACAAAGUGCACAUGAAAUAAAAUAGCUGGUCUAAUGAUUUACUGACUUAUCCUCAGAUAAAUGAUGGAUUAGACUAAAAUUACUUGGAGCUUUCAACUGAAUUGCAACUAAGGGUAGGAAAAUACCAUGCUUAGAAUGACAUGCUGUUAACUAUUCUCUGUUGCACCAUCAUCUGACAGAACUACAGAUUUGGGGCUGUUAGGCAUCUUUCUCAAUUUUCAUUCUAUUUGGUUUUUGCUUGAUAGCAAAACUGUCCAGGUCUCCACUAUAUAACAACACUAGCUAGAAUGCAUGGUUACUAUUUGUGGUGUUUAUCUGCUUUUAUUGUAGCUGAGUAGCAUUUCUCUUAUAGGCACAGAAAAUGGGUAAUAACUGAAGACUACCUCUCAGCAGGAAAGUGAGAUCAGAUUGGCAACGAAUGGCGUGAUUGAAGACAAAAAGCCAGCUUCCGCACAAGGUUUGAUCUUCACAUAGUUUCCCUGAAACAAGGCCACAGCAGAAGAGACCAAGAUGGUCCCAAACUAUUCUACUGAAGAAACUGUUAAGAGAAUUCACGUCGACUGUCCUGUUUCAGGAAGGCACAGUUACAUCUACAUUAUGGUUCCAACUGUUUACAGUAUCAUCUUCAUCAUAGGCAUAUUUGGGAACAGCCUGGUCGUUAUUGUCAUUUACUGCUACAUGAAAUUAAAAACAGUGGCCAGCAUCUUUCUGCUAAACCUGGCGCUGGCUGACUUGUGUUUUUUAAUAACUCUGCCACUCUGGGCAGCCUACACGGCCAUGGAAUACCAGUGGCCUUUUGGCAACUGUUUAUGCAAGCUAGCAUCAGCAGGAAUCAGUUUCAAUUUGUAUGCCAGUGUGUUCCUACUCACAUGCCUUAGUAUCGACCGCUAUCUGGCCAUAGUACAUCCAGUGAAGUCACGAAUCCGGCGUACCAUGUUUGUUGCCAGAGUAACCUGCAUUGUCAUCUGGCUCCUUGCUGGUGUGGCCAGUUUGCCCGUCAUCAUUCAUCGUAACAUAUUUUUUGCGGAGAACUUGAACAUGACAGUCUGUGGCUUUCGAUAUGACAACAAUAACACAACACUGAGGGUUGGGUUAGGCUUAUCCAAGAAUUUACUGGGAUUUUUGAUCCCUUUUCUUAUCAUACUAACAAGCUACACCCUGAUUUGGAAGACCCUGAAGAAGGCAUAUCAAAUUCAAAGAAAUAAGACCAGAAAUGAUGACAUUUUUAAGAUGAUUGUGGCAAUAGUGUUUUUCUUCUUCUUUUCCUGGAUUCCUCAUCAAGUGUUCACUUUUCUGGAUGUAUUAAUUCAAUUACAUGUAAUAACAGACUGCAAAAUCACUGAUAUUGUGGAUACAGCUAUGCCCUUUACUAUUUGCAUCGCUUACUUUAAUAAUUGUUUGAAUCCUUUUUUUUAUGUUUUCUUUGGAAAAAACUUUAAAAAAUACUUCCUUCAGCUAAUAAAAUACAUUCCACCAAAUGUCAGCACACAUCCAAGUCUCACUACAAAAAUGAGCUCCCUCUCGUAUCGACCACCAGAAAAUAUACGCUUGCCCACUAAAAAGACUGCUGGGUCUUUUGACACUGAGUGACGCACUUUGCUAUAUUCUUUUUUCCUGAACAAGGUUGUGAACGAAGCAGCACGAAUGACAAAAUCCAUCUGCAGUCCUAGACAUCACAGCUUACUGCUUAUUACAGAAACAUUAAAUCACUUCAGCAAAAUCACACUGCAAAGAUUUAGCAGUGGCCUUCUAUUUUACCUUAUGCGGAGGACUGCCUGAUUUUCAUUUUGUUUUACUUCGUUGAAAGCAGCAUAAAUGAUAGGACAGGUACAUCAGAGUUUGUCAGCAUUCUGCAUUUACUCAAAACUACAGAUCAUCUCUGAACUCAAAGGAAAAGCUUUUGUAAGUGACAUGAAUUAUGAAGAACCUGUUUUGCGUAUGUGAGCCAAGUUUUGCCCAAGUUUUGUUUCAGGCCCUGAUGGAACUACAUUGCUUCGUUUUGGGUUUGUGGGGUUUUUUUGUUGUAGGUUGUUUGUUGUUGUUCUUUUUAAUGAGUCAUUUGUCAUUGUAUUUAUAACUUGUUUCUCUAACAUAUACUUUAUCUACAGGCCCAACUUAAACUGAAAUUUAAGGACCAUGAAACUGGUCUCAUUCUGAUUUGUGCUACUAUUUUCCAUUUUUAAAUAGCAAAAUUUCAUAAUAUAUGCAAUAAAAUGCAGGUUUAUUUAUUAAAUAUAGAAUAAAUAUAUUUUUAGAUUUAUAUUCCUAAUUAGAGAUUUCAAACAUUUCUUCAAACAUUUUUAUCCCAGUGGGUAUUUUUAUACUAGUAAUAUAUACACACGCAUAUAUAUAUAUAGAGAGAGAGAGAGAGAGAGAGAGACAGACAGACAGACACACAAAUAGGGUUUCCUCACAUUUCUCAAUGGUGUGCUGUGCUGACUGAAGAACACAGCUUAUGGAGUGGGCUAAUCCCAUGUUUUAUGCAACUGUUGGAAAACAGAAGUCGUAGGACAGAAGCAAUCAGAAACCUUCAAGCUAUUUUUGUAGAAUAACCAGAGUACUCUAUGAGAGAAGUACCAACUAAUGAGAUCCAUUCAGUUCUUCAAAAUUCUUGGACAUUUAAGCUCGGAUUCUGACAAAAGCAUUGUGAGGCUUUUAGUCAUAUCACUAAAUAAGCAGGACCAAACUUUGUCCUUAGCAUUUACUUCAUUGCUGUUCACUUAUAUGAAACUGAUCCUAGAAUCAGGAUUAUCUGCUCUAUGUAGACCCACAUUUUAUUUGUAUGGAACAAUUUUAACAAUUUUUGAUUUUAUACUAGCAUAAAUCAGAACAAAAAUCUGGCUCAAGCUCUCCACAAAUGAAGGGGAAAAGGUGAUAAGAAGUUCCAACUCCUGAAAUCCUCACAUAUCCUUAUAAAUCUCAGACAACGAACUCCAGAAAAUAUUUGCCUGAUUAACUCCCAUUUAUUUUCUUCAAAGAUAAAUGAGCUCGUAAAUACUUUCCAACAUAAUAAAGCUUAAGAAAAAAAAUUCCAAAAAUCCACAUAUUUGUCACAUAGACAGAUACACGACCCUGGAGAAUUUGUGGUAUUUAUAAUCUUCUGAAUGAUAUCUUUAAUGUUGCUUAGUUAGCAAGCAGCUGGAUUUUCUAUAAUUCCUAUUUACAUCUCACAAGGCACUGUGAUGAUUCAGUAAAACUUCUACAGCUGUACUUCACUAAAAAAUGCUUUUUCAUUGAAGGUUGAUUUAAUUGAAAGCUAUUUUAAAAAUCUGAUACCUGAACGUGUCAUUCAGGGACAGCUGAGUUAUUCUCACCUAUAGCGCUUUAUUUUCAGCUUAUAUCCUUACACAGGCGUGUGAAAUAGCCAUUCUUUGAAAAUAAAUAUGGCAGCAGUGCCAUACAUUAUAAAUAGCAUCCAGAGCACACAGUAAGCUGAUGAAGGACUAUCAGAGCUUGCCAUUUAUCUGUAUGACAUUUUGUUCACGUAUACGCGUACAAGUCGAACAGCAUCAGGAGCUCCAAUGGAGGAGGUACCUCUUUCUCAGACACAAUUCGGUGUGCUGUGCUUGCCACCUGCUGGACACAGCCACAAAUUUUUCAUCUUAAAAGUUACUAAAGGAAGAAGCAGCAAUAUUUUCCUGCCUCUUGAUAGAUCUGCAGAUCCUUGCCUCUGGCAAAACUUUUGUAGAAGUAACUGCUUCCUGGAUGGACAAUUUUGUAUUCAGCUUCCUUGGGAAGGAGCAAAGCAAGUGUUUCUCUAACACCUGCUGAUUCCUUUGGUCACCAAAUACCAGUGUCCCAGACCACCACAAUGCAUAGCUCAUUUACAAAGUGUUGACUGUGUUACUACAGGAGAUAUCUCAAAGACGCACAUAAAUUCUUUGACUAUUUUUGCAUACAUAUAUAAUAAACAGAAAAAACCCAUACUUGUGCAAGCAGUAACUAAGUAUUUAACUGAAAUGACUCGUUUAUUAUCAGGAAGACAAAGAAGCAGUCAGCAGUGACUAUGAAUAAUAAAAAUAACUAUCACAGGACAAAACAGACCAGAAGCCAUUAGAUAGUGAUUUUCAUCAUUUCAAGCUAUAUCCUGCAUUUUCAAGAGCAUGUAUCCUAGUUGCUGGUGCUACCUGUGUCGUGGGAAAAAGCUAGGGCAUGCACAUUCUUCUGGGUUGCUCCAGGAAAGGACUGCAGCUGUUGUGCUUUGAAGGAAAUGCUAGCCUUGAAUAGAUAGCUAAUAAAUAAAUAACUCUCAGAUAUAUAUAUAUUUUUUUCUAAGGGGUUGGAGAAUGGUCAGCAGCUGUCAAGGACAGAAUCCUAUUUUAGCAUUUCCUAAAACAAAAAUCAAUACAUACUGAAAACCACCUAUAUCCGAAGUUAAAAGUCUCCAGCAAAUCUAACAGGGCAGCAGCAGAGCUAAUGCCUCCUGAGCACAGCUGUUACUGCAUGCAGCCGUAUGCAGUAUGGGAGCAACUGCAGAUGCUCCCACAGAGCCUCAAAGCAGAAAUCAGUUGGAGUCCCCUUCUCCUUUAGUAAACUCACACCAUUUUCUUCACCCAUCGUGCUGUAAUCAGUGCAGGUGCUGAGAACACUUUGUUGCUGAUCCUUGCUAUCCCCUACCCAUGUACUUGCUGGGAAUCCUGUGCUGGAGACCUGUGAGUGAGGCGUGCAGAACAGCAGUGCCAUGGGGUGCAGGGUCAGGCCCUUUCUAAUCACAGUGUCUCAUUGAAGCACCUCAACUUAAUUAUUCUGACCUCCAGCAUGCAAGAGGCAAAGACUCAAUACAAAUUUGGUUUUUGUCUGGUCAUCUGUUAGGUGCAGAUAAGAGCAGAGCCUCCUUGGCCUUUGUGAUAUGCUUGGGACUGCAUGGUCCAUACUGAGGAGCAGGCAGAAGGCUAGAGAACCUACUCCUUGCCAACAAAGGAGAGAAGAGUAAGGUUUGGCCCUGUACGACUGCCACUUUAGGAUAUCUUUGUAUUGAGCCUUCUUGACUUAAUAUCAAAACAUGAACUAGUUUCACAUACUUCAGAACUCACUUUCCUAAAGAACACAAAGUUAGUUGAGAUGCAACAAUAUUACAUUUUAAAAACAAGUAUCCAAAGUACUUCCUAUUCUUAGGGUAUCCAAAAUUAAAAUCCUUGAUAUGCUUUUAGUCUGUUUCUGUACUCUGGUAUGUGGAUCUCAAGACCUUAGUGGGGACAGCACUUAGCCCUAAAUAUAGGGUAUUGCAGUUAUAGACUGUUGACUUGUAUGAAUGAAUACUGUCCCUGUGCUGGAGGAAUAACUGAUAAAUCACAUUAUACUGGACAUGGGGUUGGACUCGAUGAUCUCUGGAGGUCCCUUCCAACCCCUACAAUUCUGUGAUUCUGUGAUGUACAUACAUAACAUUUAUUUCUAUUGUGCAGUUGUCCCUUAUGAUGUUUCACACUCCACUCUAUACUGGUUGGCCCAUUAAAUGCCUAGUCUGAAUCAUACUGUGUGCUGAAUAACCUUAAUUUCAGCAAAGCCCUUACAGAUACAGUGGGGAUUAAUUUGGGUUCUUAGCUCAAACAAUUGUUUUGUAAUUAUACUGUUAAUUGAGGUGCUGCAGAGGCCACAUGUCCUUUGCUUUACCAGAAUCACUGUUAAGAUGGCGGUUCUCAUCAACUUGGAACUGCGACAACAGCAGACAAUACAAUAGGAUUCCCAGGUUUGGUUUGGUUUUGCUUGCAUAGCUUCAGCAACAAUUUAUCUUAGUGACCUGCUUUUUAAGUAUUUUAAAGUGCAAGUGUUCCCAGGGAGAAGAGUUCACUGUGGAAACAAACAAACAAACAAAAAAACUAGGAGGAAAUGGGAUGGAGCAAGGAGAAGGCCUAAUAAGGAACUUGUUAAUUUCAGAAAUACUUAUUGCUGUAUGUAAAUAAUUCUAUUUUCACAAAUUUCUGUUUUGUUUUCAGUUUGCUUUUAAAGAACCUAAGAAGAAAUCUUUCAGCUAAGGGUUAAGAACUUUCAGAAAGUUUGGAGAGGCUCUUUUAAGUGUCUUUAGAACAUCCUGCUCAGUUUGGAACAUAUCAAACCAUUCCUACCCAACUCACAAGGUCGGGUCUCCAGCUCUGCUCUUCUGUCACAGGCUUGGCCAACGUACCAUCCCACAAGCUAGUGCAAAGCAAUGAGGUUGUUCUAUCAAUCACUAAGUCCAUUUUAUCAAUGACCUCGCUACCAAGGCUGAGUUAACAAAUCCACUGUGCUAAUGACAGAGCUGUCAGGCUCAUUGUCGCUGGUGAGUUCUGCAGACGUGGCUAUACAAGAAAUAAGUACAGACCAUGUUUGAGAGCAGGAUCCUGCAGUCUUUGUAGUGGUCUCGUGCUGUGUCCUUCAGCUUUAAAAAUACCCUAUGAAUAACGUGUCAAAAACUAGAUAUUUUCAUUUCAGUAUUUUUGUGCAGUCAUGGUUUGUGAAGUGGUGGCUGUGUUUCCUAUUUCAAUAGAAAUAGCUUCAUAUUGUAAAAAGUUACUAUUAUAAGAGCUUCUGUUGUCUGAAGUAUUACGAAAAGAUACAAAACGUGUCAUCAGUAGGUAACAUCUUUGUGAAAGCCAUCUCUGUUGCUGUGUUAGUCCACUCAAAGAAGAGAUUUAUUUCUAUCUUACUCUAAGUACUCCAGUAUUAUCAGUGUCUUAGAAACCCAUCAGGUAACUGUAUGUCCAGGAGAGGCAGAUAAUGUGCUGCAUAUAGAUCUGUAUCAGCUUGGCCUACCUAGCCUGAACUCCAGGCUUAGUUUAGAGCCCAGUGUACAAAUACAAAAGAACAGAAAAUAUAUACUGCAGUAGUACUAUGUAUAAUUAAAUUCACUGAACAAUUAUGAAAUACUAAAGGAGCUAAAAUAAGGCUAUUUUCUUAAGUUUUGAUCAAAGCGCUUUUAUUUUUAAACCCUUCUCUAAGAUUUUGGUUUUGCACUGUAAAAAACCCUCAAGCGUAAUAAAAUUUGCAGACCCAAACCCUUCUUUGUAUAAAAGCAGCCAUGAAAAGAGAGAAUGUUUAUGAUUUGCAGGAUACUUCUCAAGGAAAGAGUAUAAAUAAAAGGUUCAGGAGAUGUAAUUUCACAUAAUGGAGAACUGCUAAUGUUGAACCUGGUCAUUUUGUGUGUGUAAUUUGAUCACUCGAAGUGGAAGUAUAAAGGAAUAUGCAGCAAGGCAUACUUCAUAGCAUACUUUCUAUGUUAGACUGUUACAUGGUGCAGUGUGUAUCUUCAAUACAGCAAAAUGAUACUUCUGCUAUUCUUGAAUUUCUCUGUUUAUCAGUGGUAACUUUGUAUGCUAUUGUCUGUAAUUUUUAGAUGAGUGAGCAGCAGAAAUGUAGUGCUUUGCUUUAGAAAGGAUUAUCAAAUUUUAUGUUUUGGUAAAACUGGUAAUUUUGCAAAGAAGAAAUAUUUUCUCACAGAAGCAUUUACAUCAAGUUGAUGGUAUUUUAAAAUAUUGAAGAUAUUACUCUAAAAUACAUUUAACUGUGUUGGUUCAAAUUAUUCUUCACACCACAUGGCUAGGUUGUUUUGUUCAAAUUCAGUUUUUCAUCAGACCUCCAAACAAAGGUGUUUUUAGCUUUACUUUUCAACAGAGGCAGCAGAGUUUAGGAAGGACAGGAGCUGACAAGAACACUGGACUCCAAAUGAGAACAUUCUUUUCUUUUUCUUUUUUUUCCUUUUUUUCUUUCUUUAAUACAGCUCAUAAUCUAGAAACUCUGAAGUUGCAAUGUGAUUUUGUUUCGCUCAACAAGGCUUGUGAAUCAACAUUCUGUUAUUUAAAGAAAACUUUAAGCUAACUGGUAAAAAUAUGUUCUAUUUACUGCUUCAACUUGGGUAAUAUUCUGCACCUACAAUGAAUAACUACGCUCUCUGUAAGAUCUAACUUCAGUUUUCCUGCAGGGCUCACUGUUACGUGAGUAUUGGAUAUGCUUUGAGAGCUUAGCAGAUGAGCUCCAAAACACCAACAUUCAUUGCUGUAGCCCACAAACAUGCUGGAUUUGAACAGGGCAUUUGGGCAAAAUCCUGUCAAGAUGCUAGAAAAUAUGCAGUAUAUUUAAAAAGAAAAAAAAAGCAAACCCACUAUCUAACCUAUCUAAGGCAUAUUCUGAUUUUGAUCUCUUACCUCCAACCCAAAAGAAGAUUGCAAAGCUUAUUUGCAAGAUCAUUUUUUUCCUUACACUUCACUUGAAGUUACGCUUACCUUGGAGGUGUUUGAAGGCCAAGUUUUCUACCAAGCUAAUUCAAAUACUGACAAGGCUGUUCCAUGACGGAACAUGCCUUUAUCUCUCCUGUCGUAUCAUUUGACUGAUGAUAUGCCUGUGUCAAAGCAGAAGCCAGUCGGCACUGCAAAGCUCCACAACUUCCAGCUAUGAGCAGAUUGCCACCACCACACAGAGUAGCACUUGUGCUCAUUAGCACCGAGUUUCACUGCAAAUAAACUUUACAUAUCCGGCUCAAUAAAUCCAUAGAAUCCACAGCCUCCUGAAAGAUCUGCCACAGGUAGGGACAGCCCAUCACCAUUUCACCUACAAUGAAACUCCUGCCAUGCAAUGCCAGUAGUGUUGCAUUUACUGAUAAUACAGAAUACAGCAUUCACACACAGCUGUUAAGUUCGCUAUAGCAGUGAAGACACAUGGAACAACACGAAGAAAGUGCUGCAUAACUGUAUGAAUCCUAUAUUGUUUUCAAUGCCAGCUUUCACAGAAAACAGAGGAAUCAAAGACUUCGUAUGCUUCAGAUCUGGGAAAUGCUUGCUUUUCCAAAAGCACAGUGCAGUUCUCUUAAGAGAACUCUACCAAAAAAAAUUUAAAAAAAAAAAAAAAAAAAAAAAGGGAAAAAAUAAGAUACUGAAACAUCACUACACACAUUUUGUAUUGCAAUUUAGUCGUGCAAAAAAAUUAAAUGACAUCUGGUCUGUAACUCUUCCUGCUGACUGUGCAUUUGACAGCCUCCUACUGACAGUGGUUUCAGUAUUUCUCCUUCAGUACUUCUUUCUCCUUCAGAAGGAAAUAAAACAGGAGAUAAAAUGUGUCUUAAGUGAAGGAGAAGAGAGUAAAACACAGGGAAUAUUUGAAGAUGGGUCAAUGCAGAUAUAGUUCCUAGAGCUGCAUUACCUGCUCUUAUUUUUGUUACAUUGAAAAUGGGUAGAUUUCAAACCAAGAAACUAUCUACAAAGCAGAAGUUGCCUGCAGGCUCUGUAUAAUAUUAGGCUGUUUGAGAAGUAUAAAGCCUCAGGCUGUAUAAUAAUCAAAACUGCAAACACACUUUCAGCUACAUAUUAAACCCGCUAAUAUUCUAUACUUAAAUUUUCAGUUUCUACCUUUUACUAGCAAACUUUGAUGUUGAUUUAGAGAAGUCAAGUCAAAGCAGUUCUGAAAACACCAACCAUAAAUCUGCCACAGCUCUUCCAGUGAGCAAACAGGGCAGUCUGAACAUCGCUCUUCAAAUUUCUGUAGCACAGUGCUAAAAUCUGCCUGCUUUAUCCCCAUCUAAAAUGGUGUUGCUGCAUGGACAUGGUUAUAGUCCCCAGUCUGUUAAAUGAGACUUCGCAUUUUUAAGAAGAGGAAAAGACAAAAAUGUGCAGUCAGCUGUCAUGGAAGAGCUAUGGGGAGUGGUACUAUGGCAUAUCAAAGACAUUUAUCAAACAAACACGAACACUGGUUGGAGUCCAUUCACAGUGAUGUCAGCUGGAAUUUGACCAUUGGCUUUAAAUAAGAGACAACACUCAGUUCUGAGAAGUCUCAUGUCCUGCCUUUAAUUCUAAAAUCAGGACAAGAUCAGCAUGCAAACAAUUGCUUUAUCUCCCUUUGCAUACAGAUUGAACGACAGCAUUCAACCACAAUUCAACCACUUGCACUGUCAUUGGAUAUACACAGUGCAGUCAGGGGCUGCUCAAUGCAAAACAGAUGAGACCAAAAUGAUGGAACCAAAAAGUCAACCCAUCUGCUUGGAUGGGUUGUAGUAGACACAGACAAAUUGAGCUAAAAAGUACAAAAGAUUUCCUUAUACUACAAAGCUGCUUCCUAGCUGCCUUUCCCCCGCCGCUUCUCUAUUGUUGUGAAUAGCACUUCUUGCAGCACAUAUUAAUCAGGAAAUUAACCUGAUGUUAGUCUGCUUUGCUAUCAGGGAGUUUGCAGUAAUUUGCAUGAGCACCACGCGCAGUGUUGCUUAGUAACAGAGACAGUGGAAUAAAGCCAUAAAGUGGGAGGAGGAAGAUGAGGAGGGAGAAAAUCAUAGAAGCAUAAAAACUUUUAUAGGCACUUAAGCACACUUUUCCCUGAUUGAAGCAGAAUUCAUGAAACAAUUACAAGCCCAUGACAAAGGCUGGUAAUGAUUAGCCCUUAAGAACUAGUUAUUUUCUGACAGUUUGGAAGCUAUUUUUGUUUAUUGCAGAAAAGAAAACAUCAAAUCUUCUUUGGACUACUCAAAGCUGAAGACACAGAUUAGCACCAGCUGAUUACCUAGUGCCAGCAUUUCACUAGAACUCCUACUGUAGAAUAGAAAAUCUAUGGAAUAAUUUAGAAUUGUAAUUAAUUCUUGUCACCCAACUAGAUUUUUUAAAGUAAUAUUAUGCACUUCAGUACUCAAUACUUACAUCAUGAUGUGCAGAAAUGGAAAAUAUAUGAUUUAAGGAAUUAUUAGGAAAAAAGAUAAGUACCUGUUACAAUAAAUUACAAUAAAUUCAGCCUGGAAUACUGACAAAGAUAUGUUUUAUAAAAAGAAAAAUCAGUUUUGCAAUGAAGUCUAAUCUACAUGAAGCCUUUCACACAUUUCAACUAAAGCUGUAAUUCCACUAUUUAAAUAAAGACAUAGCUUUUUACUAGCAGCGAAAUGUUACUUCAGUCAUGGAACAUGAGAUUUUUUUUUCUCCUAGAGACAAGAUUUACAUAGAACAUAGAAUAAUUUUUCAUAGCAAUGAUCAUGCUUCUGACCCAUGUAAUCAUAUCUUUUUCCAGUCAUCAACCUGUUCAAAAAUAAUCACAGAAUAUCCCUGCAGCAACCAGACUGCAAGAUUUCAAUACCUUGCUUUAUCCCGCUGCUUCACGCAGUAAAGCAAUACCCAGAAAUAGGCAGCAUAUUUGACAAUUGUUUUCUGAUUUAGAAAAAACACUGUUCUCACUGUCUCUCCGCUAUCUGCUACACAUGACCCUUGAAAUCAAUCUUUUUUCUUUUUUUUUUUUUAUUGUUUCUGUUUUUCAAAGAAGGCCCUGCAUCUUGGCAUCCUUUAACAUCAUUAGAAUCUUGUCCUUGAUUAGUGACUAUGUUAGUUCACUAAAUUUUGUAAGGUCUGCUCCUAACCCUAAUCUAUCUGGAAGUGGCUCAGAGUUUUAGACAGACAUCAUCUUACUCCAGAACACCACUUCUCAGCCUAUCAGCAGCAGCACAUAACCAUAAAGAUGGGCAGAAAUGCUGCAGCCUCUAUUCCACCUAAGCAUAUCAUACAGAUAUCAUCGCAGACCACUUCCUCUGGACAGAAGAGUUGACAUUCAUCAGCCUGUGUUUAUGCCACUGAUUUCUAGAAGCAGUGGGAUUUUCCUGUUCUGCUCUUUCAAGUGAGAGCAUGGAGUUGUAAGGGAAAGAGAAGCAUCACAGCAGAGAGAUCCAUGUUAGGGCACGCCUGGUGCCCCAUAUGGUCUUCACAAAACUGGCUGCCCUGCAUACAGCAGUGCCUUUGCUCUCAUGAGCAUGUCCUCCAUGCUAAUGUCCAGGCCCACUGCAGGAGUACACUGAUCUUCCACUAAUAGGAGACUAAACUCAACGUCUCCUCAACUUGACUGCUGGGACUUGUCCAGCUCAGAACUUGGGCAUUCGGACAAGAUUUGCUUAGCAGCCAAACAACCUUAUUCUUUUUCACUUUAAGAAACUCAAACUUUAUCUAAUUUAUGAAUUCCUCCAAUUCACAUUUGCACACACUUCCCCUGCUUUGUUGAUGAAUUCUUGUUAUGCCUAAUUUCUAAAUGCAAUGCUGUGGGGAAAGAGUCCAAAAAUUUACUCAGUAAGUUCAACUAUAUGUUUUUGAUGUUAGAUAAACAAUAAACAAAUGACAGCUUUCGUAUUGAAAAACUCAGAAAUGAGUCUAUAUAAAUGAGCAAACCCUGCUUCAGAAAUACCAAAACCACUGAACCAUUAGAAGACUGUAUAUAAAAAAGAGAAUUUCUUAUUACAAAAGUAUCUGAGCUACCUGAGAACCUAUCCAGCCAUAACUUUGAAGUCAUAACAUGCAUCUUUGAAGUAACGUGUACCUUUGAAGAUUUCUUUAUACAGUUUCCACCACAGAUUAAAUACCCUUUCCAAUAGAUAAUUCUUAAACCUUUUCUUGUCACCACAAGAAUAGGUAAGACAGAAAUGCUAACUAAAACUUCUCUAAAAGAUUGUCGUCUAUCAAAUGAAAUGCAUCUAGACACAAUGAAAAUGCUACAGAAAUAUAAAAUAGCAGUAAAAUACUAAGACUAGACUCAGGCUAACCCUGCCCCAGCUAUGCACAUGGUAUGCCAUUUGUUAGAAUGCAUUUUCUCUCAGGCAGCUGUUUUAAAAAUGAAGCAACAUAACAUCAUCUUUUGACACAGCCCUUUAAGACAGCUUAUUACAUCACACCAGUUACAAGCAUACCCAAAAGCUGCAACUCUUUUCAUUUAAGUUUUCACUGACAAAUUUUAAAUACUUCCCAGUGUCCCAA